UUUGUCUUGUCGCGCACGGUUUACAAAAAAAUUCUUCCAAAUAAUUUAGAUUUCUUGAUUUACAAAAGUGUUUACAAUAUUUGAAGCGCCCUCCCCAAAGCAAGAGGAAACGCUAAUACAUCGAUGCACGUAACGUGACAGGGCGAUAGCAGCAGGAGCGAUUCGAAGCCGCAGGAAGCUCAAGAUAAACUCAUGCCAAUGGAUCAAACGCCAAUACAGCAGACGCUGACUCGUAAAGAACCCGAAUUUAUUGACCAUGAUAUUCCUUUGCAGUCGCUCCUUGCACCCACCUACAUACGUUACUCCAACAACUACAUAAUCGAUUUUAUUGAAAACACGCCCUUGGUCUUCCCAAAUAAAACUGUGGUGCGUGUGCCCGGCAACAAUGUGAGCACACAUACCACGGCUGCCACUACGGCAGUCAGGGCAGGAAGCAGCUACAAUGUCAAAGUGUCUGAUUCAGUUUCGCUUACACCCGGUUUGCAUUUUCCCAGCUUAAUUUUCCACUACCGGCCCACACCAAAUGAUGUGGCAGUAAGUACGGUGGACGGCGUUGCGGAAGCAACAUUGAAUGCAUUAAAUUCACCAACGCAACCAGCAGCGCCUCUACCUUUAGUUAUGGGAGGUAGUUCUAGUUGGAGCAACAACAGCGCAGCAACCUUUAGCAACAGCAAACUUGGGCAAUAUAUGGCUUUAAAUGGCGAUUUUCUCGCCGGUGGUGGUAGCAAGAAUUACUGCGAUGACACGGAGGGUGUAAACCAGGAUGGUGAGGAUGUUGCUGUGCAACAAUUUCUGCUAGCCGAUGCUAAUGUGAGUUUGGAUGAUGCGGCCGAUCUGAUGAACGAGAGUGAUGUGUUGUAUGCCCGUCAUGUAUCCAACGCACGCAAAGUGCUGCCGCAUAAAAAACGUAUUUCGCGCAAGCUACGAGUGUCGCUGAGCGGAGCAGAGAAUGUGCUAUCACCGCCUGUAGGCGACGUGCACAAAUUGCCGGAGGAAGUACGGCUGAACGCGGCAGUAUAUAGUUGUGAGAUUUGCGGCCAUACAGCAGACUCCCAGUUGCACUUUUUUGCGCAUCUGAAGCAGCAUUAUGAGCCCACGACGCCGAAUACGAUAUUGGCAGCGAUGAAGACGUCACUAGAGGAUCUGGAGCCGCAGAAAAUGUGUGCGAUAGAUAAGAAAUCCCCCAACGAAAACGUGGACCAUGUUUUCAAUGACGUGCACUUGAGCUUUCCUGACUUUUCGAGCGUUGACGAGGAUACCCCAAUGCAGCAUGUCAUGGAUUCGAGUGACGAUGGCAAUGAAAUGAAAAUGUUAAACGCCACGGGUAUGAGUAAAUGUAUGAGCUAUGUAGCGCAGGCAACAUCCCCACCAUUAAAGCGCACUGUCGAGGUGGAAUUUAGCGAUAGUGAAGAUAUGCUGGAGGGCAUACGGAAUGUGGUGGAUAAGGUAUCGAUCGAAGACACCUGCGAUGCACUUGAUUUGAUUACAUCCAAUAGCAUGCGCGGUUCUUGGUUCACCAACGAACACUUUGGCAGCCUUACUUACAAAAAUAAACCUUUUAAUGAUGUGAACUUCGCUGAACCUCUGCUUCCCAUGCCUAUGAUGGCUGGCAGUUCAUUGUCAAGAAGUACACCUCCUAAGGAAAUGUCGCCUCUACCGCCUGCAGAGAAAUUACUCUCAUACCAGAAGUCAGAUAGGAGAAGAGAAAAAAUACA